AUGGCCCGUGCGGCCAAGUAUUUUGCUGCGACUUUGUGGGCAUCGUGGAUUCAUAUUAUGCGAGUACCCAAGGAAACCCAACAAUUCGUCUUAGUUGCGAUCCAGGAUCUGCGCACCUGGAGGCAAAAAGCUAGGCAUUUCGAGUCCACCGACAGCAACGGCGAAGAAGACAUCGGGAACAACGGAAACAUAACAAAUCAAGCGAAGCCGGAGCGAAACACAACAUCGCGACCAACAGAGGAUAUCCGGGGUUGCCAGAUCGGAUGGCUUCUGGCAGGACUCGGCGGCGGCGAUGGAGUCGACAUGAUUUCGGGCGGCGAUAUAGGCCGACCUAUUGGCCUGUUGCAGAAUGUACGCGUCGGCGACCAGCAAUCGAAAAACAAGGAGAUGGACCUCUGA